AUGGAGAAACUCUACGCCAAGAUUUCCGAGCAGCAGUCUGCCAUCUUGCAGCAUCAGAGCGACAUGCGCAAGGCUUCGGACGAGGAUGCUGUGCACACCAGAGCCCUGGACCACCAGUCGUCCUGCAGCUCUCUGCCCAUCACGCCCGCCACGGAUGGCUUCCCUUCGUCGCAAACUGCCCCCACCACUCGACCUGCCAGCGCCGCCCAGAACGAGACGCAGGCCAGCACCGAGGAGGUUUUGCGUUUGAAGCUCGAGCUCGCUCAAGCUCACAACCACAUCUCACGCCUCGAGUCGCAGAACCGCUACGGUCUUGAGAGUGGGCGCGUCACCCCAGCUCUUGGUAUCGUCGAAUCCGACUUUGCCUCGUCGAUUACCGGCGCUGUCUCCCCGAUUGCUCGGGCUCUCUCGGGAGGUCCGACUUGCGGCAGCUCCGCCAAGCUGCCUUAUCUUCGCGAGCCGGGCUGGCUUGUUCCCGACGAUGCCCGCGCCGAGAUUCCCGAGCCCAUGUCGACAGGAGGCAUGAGCCGCGCUCGCGGUAUCUGGAACAAGCAGCCUUCUUAUCCCAGUCAGUUCCCCCAGACCACCGCCGUGUCAGGUGCGCCCCAGGCGACUCCCUGGACCGAUCCCCGCGCUCCCACCGCAGGGUACGAAACCUCAUACAACCACACAGGCCUGGAGGUGUAUCGCCAGGAUCGAGCUCCGCCUGACCAGGAGAUGAUGAGGCCCAUGGGACGCCGCACCAAUCGCUAUGACAGCCGCUACGCUCCCUCGUCCAACUACAGCGGCGGCUUCAACAUGAAUGCUGGCCCCUAUGACAGCACCGCUCUCAGCUAUCCCUACGGCAAUCAGGCCCCCAUGGCCGGCGGCAUGGGCUUGGGGAUGUAUCCCCCCUACCCGCAGCAACAGGUUGGGUCUCCACUCUCACCCCAUGCCACCGAGUUCACCUCCUCUUCCCAGGGACCCUGGGGAAAGACUGAGUCCAUUUCCAGCGAAGGCCAGACCUACGUCUCUGCCACGACCGAGCCUCUCAACUAUCGCCGCCUUCUUGACCGCAACGUCACUUGCGACUGGAAGUACAUCGUCGACAAGAUUGUGUGCAACAAUGACCAGCAAGCCUCCAUCUUUCUGCAGCAAAAGCUCAAGGUCGGCACCCCUGACCAAAAGUACGACAUCGUGGAGGCGAUUGUUGCCCAGGCCUACCCCUUGAUGGUCAACCGGUUCGGCAACUUCUUGGUGCAGCGUUGCUUUGAGCAUGGCACCCCGGAACAGGUGGUCAAGAUUGCCGAGGCGAUUCGCGGAAACACUCUGAAUCUCUCGAUGGACCCCUUUGGCUGCCAUGUGGUUCAGAAGGCCUUCGAUUCGGUGCCCGAGGAGUACAAGGCCAUCAUGGUUCACGAGCUGCUGCGCCGGAUUCCCGAGACGGUCAUUCACCGUUAUGCUUGCCACGUCUGGCAGAAGCUGUUCGAGCUGCGUUGGACCGAGUCUCCUCCCCAGAUCAUGAAGUAUGUCAACGAGUCGCUGCGCGGCAUGUGGCACGAGGUUGCCUUGGGCGAGACGGGUAGUUUGGUUGUGCAGAACAUCUUUGAGAAUUGUUUGGAGGAGGACAAGCGUCCUUGCAUUGAGGAGGUGCUUGCCAAUAUCGACAUUGUCGCUCACGGCCAGUUUGGCAACUGGUGCAUCCAGCACAUCUGCGAGCAUGGCGCCCCAGCUGACCGCAGCCGAGCCAUCGACCAUGUCAUUCGAUAUGCCGCCGAGUACAGCAUGGACCAGUUUGCGUCCAAGGUGGUCGAGAAGUGUCUGAAGAUUGGUGGCCCCGAGUUUCUGGGCCGCUAUCUUGACCGUGUCUGCGAGGGCCGGCAUGAACGUCCCCGCAUUCCCCUAAUCGACAUCGCCAGCGAUCAGUACGGUAACUAUCUCAUCCAGUACAUCUUGACGCACGCCAACCCCCAGCAUCGCGAGAUUGUCGCCGCUCAUAUUCGCAAGCACAUGGUGUCUCUCCGUGGCUCCAAGUUUGGUUCCCGUGUCGGCAUGCUCUGCACCAACCACGCCGUCGCCACCCGGCCUGGUCCUGGUGUUGGUCCCUCCUCCAUGGCGGCCAUUCGUCCUAGUCGCCCCUAUGGAGGUGGUGGUGGUGGUGGUGGCGGUGGUGGUGGCGGUGGUGGUGCCGCGUACCGCUAA